UGGACACUCUCAGGUAUGGACAGACAGAUGGACACUCUCAGGUAUGGACAGACAGAUGGACACUCUCAGGUAUGGACUGACAGAUGGACACUCUCAGGUACGGACAGACAGGUGGACACUCUCAGGUAUGGACAGACAGGUGGACACUCUCAGGUAUGGACAGACAGGUGGACACUCUCAGGUAUGGACAGACAGGUGGACACUCUCAGGUAUGGACAGACAGGUGGACACUCUCAGGUAUGGACAGGUGGACAGACACUCUGACUAACUGAGGGACUCUGGUUCAUGUUUAAUUGUGGAUAUGAGUGAAGGUGUAUGAAGCUGAUUGUGUCUUUGUCUCUUCCUCCAGGAUGGACCAUGGUGGACUGCAGAGACUGAGACCUGGUCUGAGGAAGUAUGCCUGUGAACUGGAACUGGAUCCAAACACAAUGAACAGAGAACUCAAACUGUCUGACAACAACAGGAAGGUGACAUAUGUGAAGGAGGAUCAGUCAUAUCCUGAUCAUCCAGACAGAUUUGACUCCUGUCCUCAGCUGCUGUGUAGAAAUGAUCUGACUGGUCGCUGUUACUGGGAGGUCGAGUGGAGUGGAUGGGUUUAUAUAUCAGUGAGUUACAGAGGAAUCAGCAGGAAAGGAGACAUUGCUGACUGUUGGUUUGGAUGGAAUGAUCAGUCCUGGAGUCUGAGGUGCUCUGAUGAUGGUUACUCUGUCUGUCACAAUAACAGCAGAACACCCAUCUCCUCCUCCUCCUCCUCCUCCUCCUCCUCCUCCUCCUCCUCCUCCUCCUCUGUCUCUAACAGAGUAGCAGUGUAUGUGGACUGUCCUGCUGGCAUUCUGUCCUUCUACAGAGUCUCCUCUGACACACUGAUCCACCUCCACACCUUCAACACCACAUUCACUGAACCUCUGUAUGCUGGGUUUACAAUCUGGUCCAGGUCUGGUUCAGUGUCAGUGUGUCCUCUGUAG